AAUCGAAGAGAGGAGUUGACGUCACUCGCCUGCGACUCAUGGCUGUUGUGUUGACGGGUGAAGAAAGAUAGAUAACCGUCAGGCAGCAAAUUUCGGACAAUUACAGGUCCCUUAGCCUACUCUCAGCAAAGGUGAAAUGCUGUUGUGUACGACAUCAACAUAGCAGCAACGGACAGCUGUCCUGAUUCAAAACAGUGCCCAUAGCCAGAUAAGGUCCAGGGAUGCAUCGUGGUGCAGGGGCCUCCUCUUUUUGUCCAGAGGACGAUGCACAAAGAUGGUGCCCCGCCCCGUUCUGCAGAGAGAGGGCGCGCGUGUAAAUCCGGGGGGUAUAUUCCACAGAAUAACUAAAGGUGAUUGGAGGCAAGGCACCUGGCUUGAAAUUUUUUUUUAUGAUCCGCUGUAUGCUGGUGUUUAUACCUGUAUAAACUCGGCCAAAUACCACAUCAUGGCAUUUAUACCUGUAGUCGACUUUGCGGUCUACAAACGUAGUAACGGGGACAUCACUGACAAGAACCUGCAGGAGUUAUGCAAAGAAUUUCGAAAUGCCUUCACUGAAGUGGGGUUUAUGUAUCUCAAAAAUACUGAAAUAGAUCAGAACGAGGUGGCUCAGGUCAUGGAUAUUUCUAAGAAGUUCUUCCUGCUUCCUGAAGAACAGAAAAGACCCUUCACAAGGGGCAGUUACACAAUUAAUGUUAAUCAUGGCUGGGUGCCCUCAGAGGUAGAAAGGUUGAAUCCUCAACGUCCAGGUGACUUGAAGGAGGCAUUUAAUAUUACAUCCUUGAGCAAAGAUAUUAAAUGGCCCUCUGAUGGUCUUGAUGGCUUUCGUGACAUCCAAGUCAACUUUUUCAAUCGGUGUAAGGAUCUCACUCUUGAUGUACUCAGGAUCAUGGCUCUCAGUCUAGGCCUGGAUCCAGAGUUUUUUCUCCAAGCACACAGCUACAUUGGAAGUGAUAAGAAUGACACCACCCUGCGCACUCUCUAUUACCCUCCGGUGAAGGCUGGGAGUGUGAAGGAAGGUCAGCUCCGCUGUGGUGAGCACUCAGACUAUGGCAGCAUCACGCUAGUCUUCCAGAGCCAUGAGGGAGGCCUGCAGGUAUUGAGUCGUAAAGGAGAAUUUAUCUCAGCCCCAAGCAUUCCUGAAACCGUGCUGAUCAACAUUGCAGAUCUAAUGCAGAGGUGGACCAGUGACGUGUUUGUAUCUGCUGUCCAUCGAGUUUUACCACCUCCUGAGGGUGACUCAAGCACAAGGCAGUCUUUGGUGUUCUUCGUGCAUCCGGACAAUGAUGCCAUCAUUACAUGUUGUGAUGGCUCAGACAAAUAUCCUCCAGUGAGAUCCUUGGAUUAUCUCCUGGCAAGAUUCAGCGACUCUUAUGGCAGAAAAUAGAUCUUUGCUGCUCUCUGUGAGUUGAUGCUCAACUGCAUUUAUUUUCAUAUUUUUGUAGCUGUGGUAUAUUUUUUAAAGCAAAUAGUAUAUAUUAAAGAAAUCAUUGGAUAUACUCAGUUUGUACUCUGUCUUUUUAACUGUGUCUUUAAAUAUACUGGGUUUGUACUGUCUUUUUAACUGUGUCUUUAAAUAUACUGAGUUUGUACUGUCUUUUUAACUUUGUACCUUUUUACCUGUUGGAUGUUAGUGAUUUCUUAAGAUGUAUUGUUGAAAUCCAUGAAGUAAGAUGAAUACUAAAUAAUAAUAAUAAUAAUAAUAAUGAUGAUAAUAAUAAUAAAAAAAAAGCUGACUGAACUUGCGCCACCAUUAUAGAUAAGACGUGAAGAAAGAUACAUAAUUGUGCUGACUCGUCAGAAAUGUGAUCAAAAGAAAACAUGGGAAAACCUGCCUAAUGAAAUCAUUGUUUUAGUGUUGUAUAAAAGCAUGAACAUUGAUUGUGCUCAUCAGAUUAUCUGUAGACAUCUUGGCUUUUGUGAUUCUUCAAUAAAAGUCUUAUUUUUGGCAUCUUAAA